AUGCCUACAGUCCAAGAGCCUGCCGAGCUGCCUCCUUUAAAGCCAAUCUCAUCAAAAUCCGUUCUCAUUGCCGAGCCUGAGAGUAUAUCUCCUGAGCCAAGUCCCAGAAUAGUACCAGCAGACAGGAAGCAAUCGUCACGUGCUUCAUUGUCCUCCAAGCAACAUCGUACGAGCACGUCAAAACGCUUGUCAGGACGUCCAGCGGCCGAUACCUCUAGUCCUUCGCUGCAUUCAAUAUCAACCAUUAGUAGCGUUGAGUCGGACACCACCCCAGAUCCGACCGACCACGGAAACGAAGUCAGACUAGAAAAAUCUCACCAUGUUGCACAUCUUCAAGAUCCCGCUAGUCACAUCCUCUCGCAAGUAGCAGAAUGGCUCCACCAAGAAAAAAGCAAGAAAGCUGCCCACAAGGCCAAGAAACAUAGUCAUGCGAAGCUCGCACACGCUGCAGAAGCAACUAAAAACCUUGUAAAUCAAUUUCGUAGCGACGAAUCUAAAUCGAACAACGAGCGCCAUGUCAGAACUUCUUCGGACGUAUCCGAAGGAAGCCUGGCUUUGGAGAAGUUGGAGCAGAUCCUGUCAAACAGUAUGGGGUUGGGUGGAGCAGACAGUCUUACCCCUACCGACGACAGGAAGGAUUCAUAUUUUCCUCGUCGAAGAUCCAGGCGACAAGGUUCUGCCAGAGGUUUGCUCCGAAAGGCUUCAACCAUAGCAUCAUCGGAUACCGAAUACCAGGAACCUGACAUUGAUGUGCCUUCAGCCGAGGUGGUUCUUGACAAUUCCAAAACACUGGGCUAUAGUGGAGGAGCAGCAAAUGUUGAUCUUCUGAACCCUAACAAGCGAGCAGUGAAAGAAAAAGAAGCCUGGUUGCAGUUCAAGAUGGAGAUUGUUCGGUUAUCCCACACCCUUCGUCUCAGGGGAUGGAGGCGAAUACCAUUUGAUCGUGGCGGAGACAUCGAUGUGGAGCGCCUAAGCGGUGCUUUAACAAACGCCGUAUACGUUGUCUCGCCGCCCAAAGAUCUUUCCCAGACUCAAUCAAUUGCAAGGAACAACAGCACCGCUUCUCUUGUACCCAAGAAACCGCCUCCGAAACUUCUUCUCCGCAUCUAUGGACCUCAAGUCGAACAUCUCAUUGACCGAGAGAGCGAGCUGCAGAUCCUACGCCGUCUGGCUCGCAAGAAGAUCGGCCCUCGCUUAUUGGGUACUUUCACCAACGGUAGAUUCGAACAAUUCUUCCACGCGCGGACAUUGACCGCUAGGGAUCUUCGCAUUUCCGAAACCUCUAAGCAAAUAGCCAAGCGAAUGCGUGAGCUCCAUGAUGGCAUUGAGUUGCUGGAGGAGGAACGUGAAGAAGGGGCAUUUAUCUGGAGGAAUUGGAACAAAUGGGUGGAUAGAUGCGAAGAGGUCAUCUCAUGGCUUGACAACCAAAUCUUGGCAAUCAAGCAAGGAUCAACAGCACCUCCCUCUGGAGAGUGGAAGGAGCGCGGGUUGGUCUGCGGUGUCGAAUGGUCUCUCUUCAGGCGGACCGUGGAGAAGUAUAGAAAGUGGCUUUUCGACCAAUAUGGAGGCCCGGCAGGUAUCAGGCAAAAGCUGGUAUUUGCGCACAACGAUACCCAAUAUGGAAACCUGCUUCGCCUCGAGCCAAGCGGAGAGUCUCCUUUGCUCCUGCCGGCAAACGAACACAAGCAGUUGAUAGUGAUCGACUUUGAGUAUGCGUCAGCUAACGUCCCAGGCUUAGAAUUCGCAAAUCACUUCACUGAAUGGUGUUAUGAUUACCACUCUUCGAGACCAUAUGCCCUGCACGCCAACAGAUACCCAACACCCGAAGAGCAGCACCGCUUCCUCAAAGCCUAUGUGCAACAUCGUCCUCCAAUCCAGACUCGUCCAUCUAUGUCACCACUUUUAGGGGCCAGCCAUGGCCCUACAAGUUCCAUCUCUACCUUCAUGUUAGACAGUCGUGCUCCGAUGGCCCAGAUAGAAGAAGAGAAACGGCAAGACGAAGCGGUGGAAAGCGAGGUCAAAAAGCUUGUAACGGAGACGCGCCUCUGGCGGAUAGCGAAUUCAGCGCAAUGGGUCGCAUGGGGAAUCGUACAAGCUAAAGUCCCAGGCAUGGACGAGGCAUUGGAAGCACAAAGGAACAGCACCCCAAAGUCGGAAGCCACAAUCAUCCAAGCCCCGGAAGCGCGCCUCGAUUCGGAUCCCUUGAGCCAAGAGAAUGGGAGACUUGCGCAAGAUGCCCAUAAAAAGAGGCCAGAGAGCAGAGAAGAAGUGCCGGAAGAGGGACACGAGGAGGAAGAGGGGUUUGAUUAUCUGGGCUAUGCGCAGGAAAGAGCCAUGUUUUUCUGGGGAGAUGUCCUUCAGCUUGGGAUUGUGAAGAGGGAGGAUUUGCCAAAGGAGCUACUGAACAAGGUCAAGGUCGUCAAAUAUUAA